AUGGGAAACGAAGUAAGUCGCCAGGAUCAAAGCCCUCAGACCUCAGGUGUGGUGCCACCACGUUCGCCUUACACACCAACAGGAAGCUCUUUGCACCAUGAUAAUUUUUUUAACUUGCGCUCCGAAUCGCCCGGUGAUCGCGCUUCUUUCUCACAACGUCGGACCAGCAGUAGCGCAAGUCUCGAAUCAAGCUCAAGCUUAAAUCCUCAAAAAGAACGAUCGAUCCAGCGCAUGGACAAAGCUAUACGACGUCGUGUCCGAGGUGGAAUUACAUACAACAUGAAGUUGCUAAUUCGUGGCGCUAAAGGUAGCGGUAAGACAUCGCUGUUUCAGAGACUAAAGGGUGAACCUAUACCAGAGACGCACCAAUCCACACCACAACUUCAAUCUGCUACUAUUAAUUGGAGUUAUCGCCAAAACUCAGAGGACAAUAUCAAGUGUGAAGUAUGGGAUGUCGUGGACAGAGGAUUUAAACAGUUAGAGACUGAGGACGAAACGAAAGAAGAUUCACGACUUCAUGAGUUCUCAGAUGCUAAAAGAGCCGAGGAAAGUAGCAAACGAUUAUCGGUUGAAGGUACAGCAGCUGCUAGAAUGCAUAAUGGAACUCAUGCUGUAGCUAUUGUGGACGCCUCGACAGUGGACGUGUAUCAUGAAGCUCAUGGUGUGAUUUUUUUGUUGGAUAUUACUAAGUGGGAUACAUUGGAGUAUGUGAAACAACAGCUAGAUAAUGUACCGGUACACAUUCCAACAUUAGUUUUGGGAAACUUUCGCGACAAGGGAGCUGAAAGAAAAAUAUUUAAGGAAGAUAUUCAAAAGUUGCUCUAUGGAUCAACGGAUCGGCCACAACAGCAGCAGUGGAAAAGACCAACAGAGUUGUUAUAUUUUGAGUGCUCAUUAUUAAAUUGUUAUGGGUUGAAGUCCUUGCAUCAAUAUUUUGGAAUUCCUUUUUUGCAAUUAAAGCUAGCGACAAUUCGACAACAAAUGCGCAUCGUGGAUAGCGACUUUGUACACCUGAAGCAAGACAUACAGGCGACGAUUAGUGAACAGCGUUACGCUGAAUAUGUGGAGCAUAUCAAGGCUACUGGAUCUGACAUUCGCACAGGAAGACGCGGGUGUGAAACACCGCCAGCUGUAUCAAAUAGCAACUUGGUCGAGUCAUCUUCUACAGAUAUCGGCCAUGCGACACCAUUGAAGCAGCAAGAAGGUGCUCAUGAUGACGUCAGUGUCGUAGAGAGAGAAGAUCGUGGGAUGACUAGUCUUGAGCCCGAAACAAACAUGGCCCUGAAAGUUGUAAAGACUAAUGAUGUCUUGUGGCAGGAGCAAAAGACAACACAAUCUCAGGACAUUGAAGACCUACCUGCAAGAAGCAGUAGUGUGGUGAUCCAGGGUGCACCACAACUCAAGUUUGAGCACAAGGAAAGCGAGCUAACUCAUUUGAAUGAUGUUCUUGAAACUGAGUCAAAGCUUGAAGAUGAACCGGGUAUGAAUGAAGAGAAAAGCGGCGAGCCUCGAUACGACAGUUUAAGCCCACACCACUCUCGAAUGGCGUCGAUGGAAGGAGAGAUACUUCUGGAAGACUUUCAGGUGCCUAAGCCUCGUAUGAAUGACCUUGAUCACUUUCUUAUGGAGAAUGAAAGUGAUAAAGAGGGUGAUGAAGUUGAUGGGGACGUUAUACUGGCAUGUGGGCCUAAAUUAAUUAAUAUUAGUGUCCGCAAAGCUAAUCACAAACAGCGCUUCCUAGAUUCGGAUUCUUCGGAUUCAGAAGGUAGCAAAUUAGCGGCAGAUCAACAUGUGCGAAAAAAAUUGACGCUGCGAAAGACUUUAUCGGACCGUACUGCGACAAAAAAUUCAAGGAUGCCAGAAGAAGUAGCAGUAAUUCCCGAAUCAUCUACAUCUAUUUACUCCCAUUCGUCCGUGUCUCGACUAAGUCAAAUGACAUCUCCAGUGCUGCAGCAACCUAGCUAUGUGGUAGAAGAGACCAAGAUGGAAUCAUGUGAAGUGUCACCAGAGCAGCGACAGGCUUUAAACCCCAUCAAUGGCAGGGAUGUUGCUGUGUCUUCAACGCCGAGUGUUCUUCCUUCUACACUCGAUGCAAGUUUAAGGCAUGAGCAUAAAGAUUUUGUUGUGAAGAAACAGCUAUUCCAAGGCGAUGGCGACGCUGCACAGGUGUCCCUGCUAAGCGAUGCUUCUUUGUCGAGUGAUGCAAAAGGCACGUUUGUGUCAGAAGUCAAAGCUGAAUCAGCCGUCCAAGAGUCACCUGAUGUGUUGUUAACGGGAAAAAUAACUAGUCUUGUUGGUAACACACAAUUGGAAAGAUCAAGUGUCUCGACUACUGAAAAUUUUGGGCUUGCCAUCUCAAGCGAUUGGAAUGAUGUAAGAAAUAAUGACUCUUGUCAAGAUUUAGCUAGGGAUCACGUAAAGUGCUCGCUUGAAAACAAAAGUGAUGAGCUAACUAAUGAUAUUGAGGAUUUUGAGGCUGCUGCGAGCUCGAAUGACUCCCAAGAUGGUGGUGGCAAUGACGGUGGUGGUUGCAACUUGAUCUCAGAUAUGAUUGAAGAAGUAGUGAUGACACCUUCUUGCGAUGAUUACAAUGGUGGUGCGCGUGAUAACAACAACCCGAGUGAUAUUUUGUUAUCUUCGCUGCAAGCCUCCUUACCGAUGCCUGGAGCUUUGGCGUCUCCACUAAACCCCACGCCGGCUUCGUUGGGCAUUUCACUGAAUAUGACGCAAUGCCAUGAAUGUUUACUUGGGCACUAUCACAAAAAAAAUCACAUUGAAGCUGACAAAAACGGUUCUUUGUCAUCUCUUAAACCAUUAUCUACCUUACUUGAAGAAACUACGAUAUCAGCUUUACCCAUACAUGAUGCUUAUCCUGAUGGUGGCGACAGUGACAGUGCGACAACUCUCCAUUUACCAGAUUUUACAAAAAACUCGUCAAAGUCGAUUGACUCAGACUAUGCGAUUGGCGUUUCAAGUAAUGACCUAGAGACAUUUUUGAAUGAAGGAGACAUUGAUGCCGAGAAUGCCCCGCCACAUAUCGAGCCUUCCCUCGAUUGCGAAUAUUUGAUUCGACAAAAGGAUCAAAGCAUCUCAAGUGCAAUGGCGGAGUCAAGCGAAGACGAUAAAGAAGACUUGGAACGCUUCUCGCGCUAUAGUACUAGCAAAAAGAGUCGAAAUGAACGAAGACGCCAGCGUAAGGAAGAUUUGCGGCGACUAAAUGACGCUUUGGACCCCUAUGCGUCGUCAACGAGCGAGAUUGCAGUUUCGGGCUCGUCCUUUGAAACUUCUGACGUGAUGGAAGCCAUUCGUCAAGCACAAGAGGAGGCUUUGCGAAUGUUUCAGACUGAUUCAGUGCCCGCAGAUGACGUCGCAUCGAGCUCGUUGAAGAAAAAGCAUAAGCACAAACAGAAGGAGCGCAAGCCUAAAAAGAGGGGCGGCGAAAAGGAGAAGAAUAGCAAUCGGAGAUCUAAAUCAAGUACGCUCUCGUAUGCUCGAUGA